UGGCGGUCGGCUUCGUCUUCAUCCACCCCUGCAAACCAUCACCAGCGACACCGAUCCCGCCAUGGCUACAGUUCCCCGCAAUUUCCGUCUUCUGGAAGAAUUGGAGAAGGGCGAGAAGGGCAUUGGCGAUGGAAACAUCAGCUACGGCCUCGCCGACGGAGACGAUCUGCUCAUGACCCACUGGCACGGAACCAUCAUCGGACCCGGCCACACUGUCCACGAAAACCGAAUCUACAGCCUGAAAAUUGAAUGCGGCGAGCAGUACCCUGACAGACCCCCGCUGGUUGCCUUUGUCUCGCGCAUCAACUUGCCCAACGUCAAUGCGCAGAACGGAAAGGUCGAGCGCCUGCCCUGCCUCGACAGCUGGAAGCGAACCUACUCAAUGGAGACCAUCCUCACCGAGCUCCGCAAAGAGAUGGCCAACCCCGCCAACAAGAAGCUGCCCCAGCCCGCUGAAGGAACUACCUUCUGAGCAAAUAGUACCCAAGCCAGGCUCAGUCAGGGAGCAGCUUCACCCCGUCCUGGGAGCGAAGCCCCCCCCCGCCUAUCGGGGUCGGAUACCCCGUUUGGGGCAGCAUCGAGGGCCCUGCAAUGUGUUGGUCUGACAACCAAAGUGUUUGAUGGGAAACUAAACUGCCGAGGAAUACAGCUCCUACAAGAAAUUG